AUGAUUCGUAGGCUGCAUCCCCAAGUCCUAUGUCUUCUAGGACACCAUAGUAGCGUCAUAGUACAGCAGCAGGCGCGGCCUUUUACUGUAACUGCAAUCAGGAAUGCUCGUCGUAAAACUCGACUCGCUGAAUUGUCGAGAGAAAACCAGAUACAAGCUGAACCAUUGACGGGAGACAUCAACAAGGAUGGAAUGCAUCGUUACGAACUAGACUUUGUCGAAACGGCCUCAUGGUGUAGGAGGAUAUUAGAGAGCAUGAGGGAUGAUGUACAGACAUUAAAAGAUAAAGCAAAACCAUUGCAGCUCCCAACAACAGAAUCAUCACCACUCGUAGCCAUCCAGACAAGGACUCAACACGCUUACGACUUUUCAAAACCACCAAUCCCCGAUACCUCAGUCACUCUCCAUCUCCUAGUCUCGGAACUGGGUUUAUCGCAAUCCCAACAUCACAAACUCGCCCUAUUGUGUGGUGAUGAGCUGUACAAUCAGACUACCGGAAUACUGUCUUUAACCGAAUCCUCAAGUCAUAAAACUAGUAUAAAUAGAGAGCUGGUGGCGGAUAAAGUCAAAAAGUUGAUUGAAGAAGCUAAAAACGCGGAUGCAGACUCGUUUGCUGAUGUACCGCUACCGAUCAAGCGGAGAUCUAGAAGGAAUACACCCAGACUGCUAGAACUUCCAAGAGAAUGGAUUACAGUCAAUAACAAGACUGCUGAACCCAACUUGGCGUAA